AUGGCGGCGUGCUGGCUCUUGUGCCUCGCCGUCUUCUCUUACCCCCUGUCAGCUGAACGCGUUGCCCACAAGCGAAUCCUGCACAAGGCCGACAGCUUUCUGACUCGACGUCACGGAGCCAGGGAGUUCGUGCAGGACUCCUCGAGCGAAUCAGAGACAUCAAACGGCACCAGCGCGGAUGUCAAGGUCGGCCUUCCGAAGUGUUCGGACGGUGUCCUCCAGCUCGACGGAGUCUACGAGGCAACGGGACUCUGCUUUAAAUCGGUGUGGCACUUCCUGGGCGCGGUGAAGAAGCAGGAGGAGGUCCUCGCGGAGGGGCCUUCGUGUGCCGAGCUGCUCCUUUGGGCUCCCGUCCGCUUCCAGGGCAACCUGGUCCUCGCAGGGCAGCUGAACGUAAAGGCUGCCGGCGACGGUGGCAGGGUCAACGCCUCCUGCAUCGCCGUCAACGGCAACUUUACAUUGCGCCCAGAAGCUCGCCUCAGCAUUCAAGGCUGCCAGAACGAGGCCGACGAGGGGGAUGCAGGCUACGGAGGCUGCCUGCACGUCGGCCGUGAUGCCGAACUUCUUGGCGGCCAGUUGCUUCUGCGUGACUGCGCUGCAAGUACUAGUACGGGGCUUGGAGGCGGCAUCUACGUCAGAGGCCGGACCGGCAUUUGCUGCUUUGACCUAGAAAACGCUGUCUUCGAACUUGCGCGUGAAGAGCUUUGA